AAUAAUAUCAAAGGUAUGAUCAAGAUAAUAUGAUCGAUUCGUAAUUAUUAAAUUCAUAGACGAGAAUAUUCAAAUCGUAUAUCCGUAUCAGAUGACAAACGUAUUUCAAUUUCGAAGUUUCAGAGACAAUAUCAACUGACAACUAACAAAUAUUCGAGAACAAAAAAAAAUGGCUAAAACCUACGAAAUCGGAUUUAUUGGAGCUGGAAAUAUGGCUCAAGCCAUUGGACUAGCAUUUGUCUCUAAAGGGAUAUGUAAAGCAGAUGAUAUAAUUGUAUCUGCACCAUCUGAAAAUAAUAAAAAACCUUGGAAAGAUAUUGGAGUUUCUGUUACAAUUGACAAUAAUAAAGUGUUUUGUAAUUGUAAAAUAUUAUUUCUGGCUACAAAACCUCAAUAUUUCCCAAAAGUUGUUAAUGAAUUAAAACUCAAAUCUCAAGGUUUACCCCUUAAUAUUAUCAUAUCUAUUAUGGUUGGAAUUCCCUGUCAAGUAUUAAAUAAGAUAUUUGUGGCCAACUCUAAUUUAAACUUAAAGCCCAGUCGUGUAUUUAAAGUCAUGCCUAAUACACCAAGUCUCAUUGGUGAAGGAUUCUCAGUUAUUUGCUCUGAAGCCUGUGCACAACCAGAAGAACUGUCAUUAACAUUGCCAACCGUUAUAUCAUUAAUGAAUGCUGUUGGGAAAACAGAAGUUAUACCAGAAACAUUGAUUGAUGCUGUAGGAGCAUUAUCAGGAAGUGGUCCUGCUUAUACAUUUUUGAUCAUUGAAGCUUUAGCAGAUGGUGCUGUAAAACAAGGUGUACCAAGAGACUUAGCAGUACGAUUGGCAGCUAGUACUUUAGCAGGAUCAAGUCGUAUGGUCUUGGAAACCGGCAAACAUACUGCACAACUCAAAGAUAUGGUCACAUCUGCUGGAGGAUCUACGAUUGCUGCAUUACACGCUUUAGAAAAAGGAGGUGUUAGAUCUGCUCUAAUGGAUGCAAUUGAAGCUGCUACCAAAAAGUCAAAAGAAAUUGGAGAAAAGAAAUAACAAAAUAAACCACAAGAUUGUUAUUUAAAAUUAUAUACUCAGAGAAUAUACUAGUUAUAGUUAAAUCAGUUUACACAAAUAAUAUUUAUACAUGGUUAUUAUAGUUAAGAUGAUCAUACAUUAUCAUAUUAGAUAUUUAUAUAUUUUA